GCGACGGAGUUGGGUCCCGGGAGGUGUUGACGCCGCCGUGUGUUUAGUGUUUACAGUGCGGUUCGUGGAGGUCUAGGUGGUGGCGGUGGCAUAGUACAAUUCCCUCGUAUAGUGCAGUGAAGUUCCACGAUGUCGACUCGUAGCACAUCCCGAAAGGUGACGAUGGUGACCACGUCGAGCUCGAGUAGUGGCACGGAGACCCCGAAAGCAGGCACGAGCACCCCGGGGUCGGCCAAGGUUCGCUCGUCGCCCCUCAGCCCCACACGUUUAUCGCGAUUGCAAGAGAAGGCCGAAUUGCAGAAGCUCAAUGAUCGUCUGGCGGCUUAUAUCGACCGGGUGCGGCAGCUCGAGGUGGAGAACAGGAGCCUCAACAUGCAGGUGGAGACGAUACAGGAGUCCAUGACGAAGGAGGUGACGUCCAUGAAGGGGCUGUACGAGCAGGAGCUGUCCGACGCCCGCAAGCUCCUGGACGACACCGCCAAGGAGAAGGCGCAACUCCAGAUCGACGUCGGCAAACUCCGCUCCGACAACGAGGAAAUCCGCCUCAAGUUGCUGAAGAAGGAGCGUGACUUGAAUGCCGCCGAGAAGGCCCUAACUGCCGCUGAGGGCCAGGUGAAUGACCUCACAUCAAAACUCCAAGUGUCUGAAGCAGAGAGGAAAAAGCUGACUAAUGAAAUCAGGGAACUUCGUGAUGAGGUGGCCAGGCUGAGCCGCCAACUGGCCGAAGCCAAGCAACAGUUGGAGAGCGAGACGCUGAUGAGAGUCGACCUGGAGAACCGUUGCCAGUCACUCAGGGAGGAGUUGCAGUUCAAGCAGCAGGUGUACGAACAGGAGAUCACCGAGACCAAGAAGAGAAAGCUGGUAGAGAUCUCUGAGCUCGAUGGCCGACUCCAGGUAGAGUACGAGGCCAAGCUGACUGAGGCUUUGAAGGAUCUCCGUGAUCAGUAUGAGGAGCAGCUCAGGAAUAAUCGCUCUGAGGUUGAAUAUCUUUACGAGACGAAGAUUGAUGAGCUUAACAGACGCGACCAGCGUUCUACUGAAGAUACAGAUGCUCUGACAAGUUCCCUAAGAGAAGCCAAGAGCAAAGUUCAGGACCUCACCUCUCGUCUUUCAAAUCUGGAGAGCACCAACAAUGCACUCAAGCAACGUGUGCUCGACCUGGAGGGACAGCUGGAGGCAGACAGAGACACCCAUGCUUCGGAGGUAUUGAUGCUCAAGGAGGAGAUCAUGCGCCUGCAGAACCAGAUGCAGGUGCAGCUUCAGGAAUACCAGGAUCUUAUGGACAUCAAGGUGGCCCUAGACAUGGAGAUUGCAGCUUACAGGAAGCUCUUGGAGGCUGAAGAAGCUAGGUUAAACAUCACAGUGUCCUCAAGUGCCACAGAGAGAGAAACCCCAUACAGGCGAACACCUCAGAGGGGAAUGAAACGCAAGAGGCAAGUCAUUGAAGAGGAAUUCCAGAAGUCCGCAUACCAAUCCACAGCUAGAUCGGUAGGAGACAUUGACAUUGUCGAGGACUGCCCUGAGGGAAAGUUUGUCAAGCUCUUCAAUAAGAGUGACAAGGACUUUGCCAUCGGUAGUUACCAAGUGAUCCGCACAGCUGGCGAUGCGGAAACCAUAUACAAAUUCCACUCCAAGUCCAAGAUCCCAUCCGGCGCUACAGUCACCAUCUGGUCCUGCGAUGCUGAGGCCACCCACGAACCCCCUCUCAAUAUUGUCAUGAAGAACCAGAAAUGGGUGGUUUCCGACAACAUGUCCACAAAGCUGCUGAGCACCAGUGAGGAAAUGGCAGUUCGAGAGACCAAACGAGAAGUUACAUAUGAAAGCUCCUCAAGAUUGCCAGAGCCCAAGGAAGAGGAGGAGGAGGUAUCGCGACUAUACACUGGUUGCAUCCUCGCUUAAAACACCUACCUACCACCUAAGAGCUCCUCCUGCAGUCAGAAGUGCGGACGGAUCAUCCCCCGAGAAGUGCAGCAUCAUGUGAGUGGCAAGGCGACGAUGGUUAGCCCUAGGUUGCCUGAUGCCAAAUUGGCUCCCACCCAGUUUUACGUACAAAAUGACCUCCAUCCCUCUGAGCCGCACGCUUCCUGUAUCAGGAUGGUUUUGCUGAGUUUUGAAAUAAAAAAAAAGGGGCCUGAGUUCUUUCAAUUUUUUUUUUUGUUUCUCUCUCUCUCUCUCUCUCUCUCUCUCUCUCUCUCUCUCUCUCUCUCUCUCUCUCUCUCUC